AUGGGGAACUGCGUGCACCCUGAAGGACAUGGAGGACAUGGGGGACAUCAGGAACUCGAAGAGCUCUUUCCGCAGACGCCCGCAGAUUACCGAGAUGGCCAUGCCACAUCAGCACCCGCGACUGCCUUCCGAAACAAAGAUGAAGUGGUGGAUGUGGAUGACGUGGAGACCGCCGCAGGAUCAGACGUUACCUGUGAGCGAUUGUCCAGAUCAUCAUCUGUUUCCUCACCGCUGAGCCUUCAGAAUCUGACAAAUCAGACCUUUGAGACCUCUGUUGUUGACUCAGUUUCCUUUCCUGACUUCAGUGGCAAGUGGGACUGGGAGGCCUACCUGCGCGAGCGCGGGACCUCUUGGAUGAUGCGGAAGCUGGCAGCCAGUGUCGGCUACGGCAUUGGGAAUCACACCCAAACCAUUGUACAAAAUGCAGAAGGGCUGGAAGUCGUAAACAUUGUUGUGUCGACCGGUCCGCCCAAGCAAGAGAGAUGCUUCAUCAAGUCAGAUGGCACAGAACAAGAAAUUUUGGAUCCAGAUGGGCUACUCUUCAGACAGAAGACCUGCUGGAUUGAUCAUGUACUUGUCUCGGAGCAGUUUCAGUCUGGUGCACAUGCAUCCGACGUGCCUGUGACUCUCAAGCGCUUCAUGCAAGGUCAUGAAAUGUGCACAGAAAGGACUACCUCCAAGGGGGUGGUAGUUCGGCGCUUCUAUAGCCGCGCUUGA